UCCUGAGCUAUUGGCCUGCACAGUUCUCUGCAGUCUGGAUUUGCUGACUGAAUCAUCCGGUGCCGAUUGCCAUGUUCCUCUGUCCUCUGCAGGUCUCGCAAAUAGACAGCUGCUUGAAGCGGUUGGAUUAGACUUAGAUGUCAUUCCUCUGAAAUGUCCAUAGGUGGCGCUGUGAUCUCACCAUGAGACACACACACUGCUUGUCUCGGAUCAUUACAAGGACUUCACCCAGAAUAAAAAUAUUUUCUUGCUCCAAAGAGGACAUAAGGAUGGCCAAAAAGCACAUGACAAGAUGCUCAGCAUCAUUAAUUAUUAGAGAAUUGCAAAUCAAGACUACAAUGAAGUAUCGCCUCACACUGAUCAGUGUGGCCAUCAUCAAAAAGUGUAUGAACAAAGGCUGGGGAUGUCCCUGGUGGUGCAGUAAGCGAGACUCUGCCUCCAGUGUAGAGGGGACCAUACAGGUCCCCAAGGACACGCAGCGUUCGGGUGUCUCUGCCUCCUCAGUGGGCUGUGCGGUGAGUGGUGCUGGGUCUGUGGGUGGGGUUUAGGCGAGAACUUACAUAAUGCUAUCAACCAAUACUACUUCAAAAAAAAUCUCCACUAGAGAUUAUGUAAUUUGUUGAAGGCCACAGAGUAUUUUUUGUAAAACGAUUUCUUUUACUCUACAGCAAGUCAAAUAACUCUACAUUAUAAUUUCCAGUGGUGGCACAAUGCUUCUUGUAUGAAAUUAUGUCAUAAUUCACUUGCAAGUCCUUAUUAGAUAGUUUGUCUCCUUUUUGGUUUUUAAAAAUGUAAUUUAAUUUAUAUUUAGAUCACCACAGAGCAUCGAGUAGAAUUUCCCUGAGCUAUGUGGUUACAGAGUUCAUCAGUUCCUUCUGACACAAGUACAUUUUCCUCAAAAUCUAUUGUUUUACAUCAUAUCUCAUGGUGUCUCAUAAGUCAAGGAAGGUAGUGAACAGCUUUUGGACAAUUAUCUUCUUUCCCAAGGAAUAUCAUUUCAUUUCUUUCUACCUCCGUACAGUCAAACCCUGAAUAUGAGAACCAGAAAAACUGAAAAAUAUCCCAAGGAGAAAUACGCCAAUUCACUUUCCUUUUCUGGUUCCUGAACUCUCCAAACACGUUAUCAGCGAUCCAGUUCAGUAGGUUUUGGUGAUGACCUAGUGAUGGGUGCCUAUCAACGGUCCAUGGGUACUUUUUGAAUGGAGAACUUUCUUUGAAGGUGUUUACCCAGAGACAAAUGAGAUCCCAAGUCAUCGGAUUGAUUGGCCUUUCCCCUAGGUACUGUCCAAUCCUAAAGUUCACAGGUUUCCUCAUUUUCCUGCUCUGCACAGUGAAGCGUCGGGUCCAUUGGUGGCAGCUGCUGUGACUGCCAGAGCUUCUCUUCCACCGUUCCUGUUUCAAGGCUGCAAAGAUGAGGGUGACCGUCCCCAGGAACCCCGGGACUGUGGCUGGAGUGGCGAUGGCUGUGUUCCUGGCGCUGAGGAUCCCUGGGGCUCACUGCAGAGAUGCUCCGAAGAAUUUCGUGUACCAGUUUAAAGGCAUGUGCUACUUCACCAAUGGGACGGAGCGUGUGAGGCUUGUGGCCAGACAGAUCUAUAACAAGGAAGAAAUCCUGCACUUUGACAGUGACCUGGGCAAGUUUGUGGCUGUUACAGAGCUGGGCCGGGUGUGUGCUGAGACCUGGAACACCCAGAAGGACCUCCUGGCAGAGUUUCGGGCCUAUGUGGAGACGCUGUGUAGACACAACUACAAGGAGACGGCCAGCUUCACCGUCCAGCGGAGAGUGGAGCCUACAGUGACUGUCUCUCCAGCCAGUACAGAAGCCCCGAACCACCAUAAUCUGCUGGUCUGUUCAGUGACAAAUUUCUAUCCUCGCCAAGUUAAAGUCAAAUGGUUCCGGAAUCAACAGGAGGAGACAGCGGGAGUUGGGUUCACACCUCUUACUCAGAAUGGGGAUUGGACCUACCAGAUUCACGUGAUGCUAGAGACAAUACCUCAGCUUGGAGACGUCUACGUGUGCCGCGUGGACCACCCCAGCCUCCAGAGCCCCGUCACAGUAGAAUAGCGGGCACAGUCUGAAUCUGCCCAGAGCAAGAUGCGGAGCGGAAUUGGAGGUUUUGUGCUGGGGCUGAUCUUCCUUGGUGUGGGCCUUUUUGUCCACUUUUGGGAUAAGAGAGGUGAAUGAGUUUUUGUUUCCCUUCCUUUUUAUUCUUCUGAUGCCAGCCGAUCCUGAGGCUCCAUCCACAGGGUUCCUGCACUGACCCCAGCGUUCUUCUUCCUGGGAUCUGUCGUGACUCUUUCCUGAUCUUCUCCUGCUAUUCCUCUCUGUGGUUCCUGCCUCCCUUCUCUCAAGACCUGUGAAUAAGCCAGCUCUGCCUGCAUCAUCCAUCAGGACUGACUCCCGGUGACCCAGAAGCAGCUGUCACAUCCUCUUUUUGUUUCGAUUUUUUCCUGAAUUUCUGCCCAUGACUCAGCUUUCCUCGUUGGCUCUCUGAGCCGCUUGCUGAGUCUGUUUGAACCAUAAUGCCCUCAACAGGCAUUUCUGAUCUCGUUCUCUUUUGAAGACUGCCCGUGAAUUCAGUGUCAAACUCUUUUAUGUUUCCAUUAAAUAGUUUUCAAAAUUAAA